GUCCGGGAGCUCCACGUCUAUGGCCAGAUGACCCCCACCACGGGCGCGGCGGACGCGGAGGGGCGUGCGCAGCACCGCGGCCUCGGCCGCGCGCUGAUGGAGCGGGCCGAGGCCAUCGCCGCGGCCAGGGGCUUCGAGCGGAUCGCGGUGAUCGCAGGCGUCGGCGUCCGGGGCUACUACCGGCGCCUGGGCUACCAGCUCGAGGGCCAGGGGGGCUUCCUCGUCAAGGCGCUGCCGCCGCCCCCACGCCUCGGACGCCUGCGCUCUGCGCUGCGAAGCCCCUACGCCGACGCGCUCAGGACGGCGCCGCUGCGCGGCGAGGCCGAGGGUGGCGCCCUGCUCCAGCGGCUGCUGCCCGCGGCGCUCGGGGCCUGGCCCUGGCGCGCGGUGUGGCGGAGAAGCGCGGCCGCCGCCGCGGCGGUGCUGGCGGCGGUGUUGCUGGCGGUGCGCGCGCGGGCGCGCGCGCGCGCCUCGUGGCGCGGGGCCAUCCUGUGGGCCGCUCGAGACGGCGAUCGGAUCAUCUCCGUGUACCCGUCGAGCGUCUUCUCGUUACCGCGCGAGAGCGGCCAGCGGCCGCAGGGUGGAGCUGAGGCGCUCCAGGACGCUGGCGCCCAAGGCGAGUUCCGGUGCUCGACGGCCUCUGAGCCCAAGGGCGCCGGCGGGCCCUCGGCCGAGGCGCGCCCCUCGCGCGGGGCGGGCCGCCCGGCCAUGGGCAGCCCGGGGCCCGCCGCGGCGGCCGCGGCGGGCGCCCCAGCGGGCGCCGCAGAGGCCGCCGCGGCGGCGCUGCAGCCCGCGGACGCCGCCGCGCUGGAGGCCGCCGUGCGGCGGCUGCGCGCCGCGGGAACGGGGGCGCUGCGCAGGCCAGAGCUGGAGCCGCUCCGGGAGCUGCUGGCCGCGUGGGGCGGCAGCCUUGGGGGCGCCAGGACUGGCGGCGAGGCCGCCAGCAAGGCCGUCUCCGCCGAGCCGCUGGACGCGGGCGACGCGGCCGUGGAGGCCGUGGAGGCCGUGGAGGCCGUGGAGGCCGUGGAAGCCGUGGGGCCGCGCCCCCCGCAGGGCGACGUCAUGGAGCUGGAGUCGGACGAGGAGAUGGAGAUGCGCGCGCUGGAGAUGCGGCUGCCCGCGGGUCUGCUGGAGAGGGAGCUGGAGGACGAGGAGGACCUGCUCGCCCCCGGUGAGGCGCCCGCGCCAGACCCCGAGCGGGUGCCGCGGGACCGCCCGCCGUACCCGCGGCUGCCCCCGAGGCAGCUCGGCGAGGCCUCCGGCGCCCGGAGGAAGCUGCUGGCCGCCGCGCAGAAGCAGGCGACCGAGGCGCUCUCCGGGGGCGGCGCCGACAAGGCGCUCGAGAGGUACACGGAGGUGAUCUGCGCCGGCGGGGCCACGGCUUUGAUGCUGGCCACGCGUGCAGCCCUGCUGCUGAAGCUGGGGCGCCCGGCUGCGGCCAUUCGCGACUGCACUGCCGCGCUGCAGCUGAACGUCGCGUGCGGCAGGGCCUUCCACAUACGUGGCGUGGCUCACCGGAGGCUCGGGCACUGGCAGAAGGCCCACCGCGACCUGUCUGAGGGCCAGCGGCUGGACUUCAGCCAGGACUCCGUCAGCGUGCACAUGCUCGUGGCCCAGAAGGUGUCUACGAUGCAGGAUCUGAAGACGGGCCGCUGGCAUUCGGUGGAGGGGGCGAAGAAGGCCGUGGAGCUGCUGGACGACAAGAAGAAGAGCAGCGGACCUGGCCUGAGACCCGGGCAGGCUGUGAGGGUGUUCGGUCUGAGCAAGGCCCCGCACCUCAACGGCAGGCGCGCCCUUGUGCAGAAGCCGUCGGCUAAGGGGGACGGCCGCUGGGAGGUCGAGAUCCGGCUCGAGCGAGGCCUCGUCGACGUGAAGUCCAUCCGGAGCGAGAACAUCUACGCCGUGCGGGCCGCCGAUGCGGAGGCCUGGCGGGCGGAGGAGCGCGUGCACGCGGAGGAGCGGCGGAGGCGAGACAAGGAGGAGCGGCGCUUCCUGGACGGCAGCUCGGAGAAGAGGAAGAUGGAGGAGAAGCGAUCUGCCACGGAGCGGUCGAUGGCUGCCACGGGCUUCCCCGACAUGGACAUGUCGGAGAAGCUGGAGGCCGAGAUGAGCGCGCUGCCGCUGGACGACGGUGCGAUGAACCUGCUACGGCGGCUGCCAGCCUACGAGGCCCUGGACGUGCUGCGAAAGAGCCAGCUCGGCGGUAUCAUUAGCAGCCUGUCGGCCUUCAUCAAGCUCAGGCUGGCGGCGCGCACGUCCGGGCUGACCUCACUGCUCGAACCAUCACUACCCAUCGGCUCGCGGCCGAACCGAAUCCGAUGGCAGAAGACCGGUUCACCAGACGACGGGUUCAACAGGGACCGGUCCAACAGACGACCAGUUCAACAGGGACUGAUUCAACAGACGACUGGUUCAACAAAGCCCGUUUCAACGAAGACUGCCGACGGGCCCCACGGCGACUCUGGGCCGGUGCUGGGCGCGGCUCGGGCAGCUGGCCUUGCUGGGCCGUGUCCCGGAGGGUCCAGGGGACCGACCCGGAGGUUGGGCUUUUUUCGGGUCGUACGAAAAGGGAUGGAUCGGGAAAUCGAAGAAAAAACGUCAGAAGCAUGAUCUUUUGGCGCUCUGCGCGGAUUUCUUGGAUCUGCGCUGGACCCCCCUCCCUGGCGUGCGGUGCGCCCGCGGCGGCGCCGGAGGCGCCGUGGCGUGGGCCCAGCGCAGAUCCAAUAAGUCCGCGCGGAGCGCCAAAUGUUUAUGUUUUUGGUUUCCCCAUCUAGGGUUACGAGACCUGCCGCCCCUGAGAUCCUGGCAUUGCAGCUUUUUCGCGCCGGGCGACCAUGCCUCUUGAGGAGGAGGAGGAGGAGGACUCUUGGGUGAAGGGUGAAGCAGAAGCUGGGCGACCCGGACUCCGAGGAGCUGUGGGGCGUCUCAAGUGUCCACCUGCACCGACCCCGUACCGGGUUGGCCCUGUCGCAAAGGAUCGGUGCACAUGCCUGGCCUCGAGCCAACUGGGGGCUCAUUCACCGAUCCUGGCCCCAAGCUGGGCGUGGCCCAAUCUCAGGGUUUCUGUCUCCGUAUUUUUUCAAAGCGUGGCCCCCGAGAGGUCUCGAUCCUUUCCGCGGGGAGGCUUUUCAUUCCGACUCGGUUGUGGCGUCCCCGACUCAUGAGGGCCCUCAGAUGCAGAGAAUUGUCACACAUCUUCCGUCUCGAUUUUUUCACGGCGCGAACCUUGGGUCCACCGAUCGACGUUCGAUCCAUGUCCCUGCUGCGGCCCCAAACUCUGGGCGCCAGGUGUAGCAGGGUAUUGAUACAAACACGUGGCCUCGGAGGCCGAACUUUCAUCGAAGACGCCUAAUUACGGCGAGUCACCGCCGCCCCCUGCCUUUUUGGAAGCGCC